ACUCACCCCCACCCCAACCACAACUCCUCUUCUUUAAUUUUGCUUACAAAACCCCCCACAAAGAUUCUUGAAUUUCUUGUUCUGCACACUCCAUUUAUACUGCACAAGUACUUUCCAUACUCAUUAGACACUACUGAGAUAUUGCAUCAACAAUAUCACUAGUUCUUAAUUUGCUCUCUCAAGCUAAUUUUAACAUUUGUUGAGCGUAUAAAAAACAAAGAAGUCAACAUCAAGAAUCCAGGAGGGAGACAAAAAGAGGAUUAUGUCCCAGAUUGCAAGUUGUGAGCGCCAUGUGUAUCCAUACACUGAAAAGGGGAGCCUUGUGUGGCUGUCUUUUUCAUAAAAAUUAGCAUCACCUGCUAGUGAAAGAUGGUUAAUUUCGGGAAAAAGUUGAAAGAAACUCAAAUUCAAGAAUGGCAAGGAUAUUACAUUAACUACAAGUUGAUGAAGAAGAAAGUAAAAAACUAUGUGCAGCAGAUUGAAGUUUCCGAACAAAGUCGCGAGUAUGUUCUAAAGGACUUUUCAAGGAUUCUAGAUAAGCAGAUUGAAAAGAUUGUCCUAUUCCUGUUGGAACAACAAGGGGAACUGGCAAGUAGGUUAUUUAUUCUUGGGCAAGAGCAUGAUGUCCUAGUGCAGCAACAAGAUGGUUCAAAAUUAUCUGAACUUCAAGAGUCAUACAGAGAUGUAGGCAGAGAACUUCUGCGGCUUCUCUUUUUCGUGGAAAUGAAUGCCAUCGGUGUGCGCAAGAUACUGAAAAAAUUUGACAAGAGAUGUGGUUAUAAAUUCACCAAUUACUUUGUCAAGACUCGAGCAAAUCAUCCUUAUUCGCAGCUGAGACAAAUAUUCAAGCAUGUGGGCAUUUCAGCUGUAGUUGGAACCAUAUCUCGCAAUCUUGCGGAUCUUCAAGAAGACAAGGGGAACUAUACUUCAAUAUAUGAUCACCCGGGUCUGGCUCUUCAGGACCCGAUCAUUGGUUCUAUUAAUCAAGCCGUGGAUAGACUAACAAAUUCAACUGAUUUCCUUCACUAUUUGGGGAAACAUGCACUUAUUUUACCAGAAGAACUACCAACUCCUUCUGAGGAUCAUGCUGCAAAUGAGAGAUAUCACUUGAUGUCACUUGUUCUGAACUUGGCCAAUGCGUUCUUGUAUAUGGUUAACACAUACAUAAUAGUCCCAACAGCAGAUGAUUACUCUUUGAGUCUUGGAGCUGCAGCAACUCUUUGUGGGGCCGUGAUUGGGUCUAUGGCUGUUGCCCAGGUGUUCUCUUCAGUGUAUUUUAGUGCAUGGUCAAAUAAAUCCUACAUGAAGCCUCUUGUUUUCAGCAGCAUUGUCCUUCUUGUUGGGAAUACCUUAUAUGCGCUGGCUUAUGAUUUCAACUCAAUAUACUUACUUCUAGUUGGACGUCUAUUUUGUGGGCUUGGUUCGGCAAGAGCAGUUAAUAGGCGCUAUAUCACUGAUUGUGUUCCUCUCCACUUGCGAAUGAAGGCUUCGGCUGGUUUUGUAAGUGCAAGUGCACUUGGAAUGGCAUGUGGUCCAGCUGUUGCCUGCUUGCUUCAAACUAACUUUAAGUUCCUGAAGAUCACUUUUAACCAAGACACUUUACCUGGAUGGAUAAUGGCUCUUUCAUGGUUUCUUUACCUGUUAUGCUUGUGGACUACCUUUAGUGAGCCUCCAAAGGAGGAAAUAGAGGAUGCUCCGCUACCAAAAGCCAAUAGUGGGCUGAUUGAAAAUGGUUCACUGCAGAAAGUUAUUACCCAGCCACUGCUUGUAAGUGAAGAGGAGAUGAAACAAGAUGAAGAUGAAGACGAGGAUUGUGAUAAUAGUGAAGAAUCUUCAGAGGAGAUCCAAAAACCUGUUACUUCCAUCGUCUCUGCAUAUAAGCUGCUUACCCCAUCAGUGAAGGUUCAAUUGCUCAUAUACUUUAUGUUGAAGUAUGCGAUGGAGAUUUUGCUAGCUGAAUCAAGUGUCGUCACCACGUACUACUUCAUAUGGUCAACAAGCAAUGUGGCCAUUUUUCUUGCAUGCCUUGGGUUGACUGUCCUUCCGGUGAACAUUCUCGUUGGAAGCUACCUCAGCAACAUUUUUGAAGAGAGACAGGUUUUGCUUGCGUCGGAAAUCUUGGUGUGCUUGGGAAUAGUUCUGAGUUUCCAUGUCGUGAUCCCAUAUUCUGUGCUACAAUAUGUCGGUUCAGCUCUAAUCACAUUUGUGGCUGCUGAAGUACUCGAAGGCGUUAACCUUAACCUCCUAUCUCGAGUCAUGUCUUCAAGGCUUUCUAAAGGAACCUAUAAUGGCGGACUACUUUCAACAGAAGCGGGAACUUUAGCUCGAGUAUUUGCAGAUAGUACUAUAACCCUGGCAGGAUACUGGGGAAUGAGUAGACUUUUGAAUGCCACAUUGUUACCUUCACUAUUCAUCUGCAUUUUCUCCAUCAUAGCCACUUGCUUUACUUACAAUUCUAUGUAUUAAUCAUCAUAUCCAACCUUUCUCUAGCUCUUGUACAUAGAGUAACUAUCUAACUUGAAAACUACCAAUAUGAAGUUAUACUACUAUUAUAUAUGACUUCCAAAAUCUUUAUUUUGA